UUUCAGAAGAUGUGCUCCCUAAAUGAGCUGAUAACGGGUAUUAAAGAACUCCCGGAGCCAGAUCUCACUGCCAGUCGACUGAUGGAUGCAGCAGCUGAUUAUGUGCCUUUGAAGCUUCGAGGACAUAUUGACGCCAAAGAUAUCAACAGUAGUCCUAAAACAUUGGAAAAUGGCGGAACUGAAUUCUUCCAGGCACUCAUCGAUAUCACACAUCCUAGACUCAGAUUAUAUGGAUCUGGAAAAGAACUCGCCGAGAAUGUGAGAAUCCACAGAAACUUUCCGACAAGUCAUGUAAACUUCAAAUUAGAUCCCCGAUAAUUUAUAAAAGUCUUGACAAUAAUCAGUAUAUCUACAAGACGGACGUUUUCAUCAUUAUUCAGAACAUUUGUGGUUACCGAAAAGAUUCCACGAAUAAUAUUAUAGAACUCAACAGAUUUCUCGAAGUGAUGUAUCUGAAAGCACGAGAGGAGACGAGUCGAAAAUAUUUGGAAUUUGUGCGUUUUGAUGCGGAUUCGUUUCGAAAAAUCGAGAAAAAAUUCGAGAAAUUCAAUCAAGGAGCAUGUUUCGUUGAUAGGGAAAUGGAGAACUUAUCCAGUCGCUGGAACAAAGGAACUCAAAUGGAGACCAUCUUCCAAUCGUUCAAGAGCUUGAUUCCAGUGAAAUGAAGUGAUUAUCAGUACAUGAUUCUUCGCAAUUUUGUGGUUUAUCUUUACGGAUCAACUGACCCUGAAUUUCGAAUUUUACCUCUGGAGCUCUACAAAUUCGAAAAAUGGCUGGAGAUUUUUCAAAAAGUUUUUGAGGAGUAUCCAGAAUUGUUCUCUCCGAAAAGAUGCGAUUGCGCUGGAGGAGGUUAUGGAGAAAUAUGGAGAUCAAGUGAAAUCCAUUGAGUUCAUUCAACAUCCGAUCCAAAGAGCCAAGCACAAAGCUGUACCGAUUGAAGACUUGAAGCCUGGAAGCUACUGUAUUCUAGCCGUGGAUGCGCUUUUCGAGCUUUUCAAUGAGAUUAUUUGGGGUUCGAGAGUUUUCGAAAAGCAUAAAGUUCCCAAAAUUAUUGAAUAUGUUUUGAAGAUUCCGACUCUGCUCUUCAAGUCUGAGCUUAGAUUCCCACAUUUCAUAAAAACUGCCCAUCUUCAUAGAUUACUGGCGUCGUUCGAAGUUUCACUUUCGAGCUUUCACUUUCCUGCAAAUCCAGUGAAAGAAGUCAGAAACGCAAAGGCUGAUCAUGGAUUUACUCUUCAAAAUUUGAAAAACGAGCUGACAUACUUGGGACUCACGGAAACGUUCCCAGACAUCACCGAUUAUGCGGAAAUCGCGUACAAUGAAGUGAUGAGGGUCAAGAAGGAGAUGCUCUUGAGAACUUGUGAUCUCUUCGAUGCCAUCGAGCACUGCCAACUGCUGUGUAUCUUCAAUAGAUCACCAUUUCUGAAGCAGUUUCUCCAUAAUCAAAAGGCAUGUCACCGUCUUGUCGGUCUACAUUGUGAUCUGUGUAUCAAGGAAAAAGUGGAGAAAAGUGAGAACCAAGAAGCUUGGGAUUUGGAUGAAAGCAGCUCGACUAAGUCUCCAAUCGACUGCAAAAAAUGCUCUCAAACUCUCCAAACAAUUGAAGACGUCAAAAAAGAGUUAAAAACUAGUCAGAACAAGGAAAACAAGAUGAGAAAGAAAGUGUCAGAGCUGGAGAAGAAGCUGGAUGUCGAGAAUGUGCAGAAUGAGCAGGAAGUCAAAGAGAUGGAGGAUGAUCUGCGUGGAAAACAGGAAGAACUGAACAUAUUGAGAAACGAUUCCCUCAAAGUCCAUGAUGUUUUGAUGGAGAUUGCCGACUUGAAGCAGAAGCAUUCGAAAUUGGAGAAACACGUGGAGGGACUGAAAGAAGAGAAUUUGAAACAAGAAAGAAACUAUAAUCUCACACAAUCCAAUCUGGAAGCUAACCUGUCGAGUAUGAGAGAAGGUCUUACUAUAUUGCAGCAGUAUACUGAAGAGCUUGAGCAGGAACGUCAGAAGUAUCAAGAAAUGCUGACGGCGAGAUCCGAAGAAACUUCAGUUCAAGCUGAACCAGCUGGUGGCGAGGAGGAAAUGCUCGAUGUGACGAAACAAAUCGAAGAGGCUAAAGAAGAGAAAAUUCGUUUGAAAGCUGAACAUGAUGCCAAUGAAAGAAUAAUUCAGCAACUUCUCGAUAAAUUGGCCAAUUUUUCGUAAUUCUUUGAAAUUAUUUUGAUUUGUUUUCUGUUUUUGUUGUUGUUGAAUGAUUAUCGUUGAUAAAUAUUUUUGUUUUAUU